AUGAAUUAAACUAGCUUUUCCAUUUUUGAAUAAAAUUAUUCAAGAAUGAAUUCAAUAUGGCAUGAAGGAUAACCUACUUAUGAAUAGAUAGAAAAUUAAUUACAAUAAUAACAGUUAGAAAAAGCAAUCUAAAUAAAAGAUGAAUUCAAUAAAUUUAUAGACAGACCUUAAUACAAGUUAGUUAAUUAAUUCUUGGUAUCAACAAAUUGUUUUCUUAAUAUGAAUAAUCUUCGUCUAAAGACUAUAACUCAUAAUAAUGUAGCUAAAUCAUCACAUAUUUAGAUUAAAGGCAUAUAAUUGUCGGGGAAAAAUGAAUGUUUAUAAUUGUUUGGUGAAAAAAAAGUAAUUCAAAAAUGGAAAACUUAUAUAGCCAAAUACACAAUCUAAAGGCACUUUUAAAAGCAUUACAAGAUACUCAAACUAAUCGGAUAGGGUAGUUAUGCUAAAGUAUUCAAAAUCUAAAGGAAAUAAGAUUAGAGCAUUUUUGCUGUCAAAAUUUUUAAAAAAGUGAAUGUUUUAGAAAAAGAGAAAGGAGUGGUAAUAAAUGAUUAAAUUUUAAGGAAAGCUUACUAUUAGAGAUAGACAUAAUGAGAAAACUCAAAUAUGAGAAUGUAAUACAACUACACGAGGUUUUUGAAGAUGCUGAAAAAGUUUAUUUAAUUAUAGAUUAUUUAUAAGGAGGAGAUCUUCUAAACAAGAUAUUAAAUAAGUUGGAGGAUUAUAAUGAGCAUAUUGUUUAGAAUCUAAUGUUUAAUCUAUUGAGCUCAUUGAAAUAUCUACAUUCUAAAAAUAUCAUACAUAGAGAUCUUAAACCAGAAAAUCUAAUUUUUAGAACAAAGUGUAAUAUGAUUGAUAUCGUAAUUGCAGAUUUUGGACUUUCCGAUAUCUAUAAUGAACAUGACAUCUAUUUAUUUUAAAGAUGUGGUACAGUUGGUUAUGUUGCUCCAGAAGUUUUGAAGGAUCAAACUUAUAAUCAUAAAGUUGAUAUUUUUUCAGCAGGUGUUAUUUUAUUCAUUUUACUUACUGGAGAAAUGCCAUUUAUUAAUUAUGCAAAUAGUGAAGAGUUAGUUGUAAGUAAUUAUUAAUGCUAAAUUGAUUUUGAUAAACUCAAUCAUAAAAAUAUAAGUGCUUAAGCAUAAAAUUUAGUUAAAUUACUUUUAGAAGUGAACAUAUGCUAAAGACCAUCAGCUGAAGAUGCUUUAUUACAUGAAUGGUUUACCAAUCCAAAAACAGAAACAUUUUGCAAUUUGCCAGUUAAUAUUGUUCCAUUUAUGGUCACUCGUAAAAAUCAAGAUGACAUUAUCAAAAGCAGUACUCCUUUGUGGAACUAGAAUGAAAGCUUUUAAGAUUCCUCAUUUUUAUAAAGUAAAAAUUAAAAUGAAGGAUUAUAAAAUGAAACUAGAUACUUCGAUGAUUUAAUCAAAUCAUAGUUAGAUUACUUCGAAAAUAUGGAUGAUUCUAUUGAAGAAGACUAAACAUUAUCAAAUAUGGUUCCAAGAUAUCAUAUGUUAGUUAGGUAGAGAAGUUAUGAUUGA